UUUCACUUAGUCUGUUUUUCCGUGUUUUUCUCGCCCUUUUUCUUUUCAAUAUUGCAACUCUAGUGCCCCGUGGCCCAGAGGGGAAGGCAGGUCGGCGCGCCGAAUCCGGGAGCCGCGGGGAUUGGUGGCACUGCCCUUUCUGGCGCAGAAGCCUCGGGCAGCGCUGGCGGAGGAAGCCCGCCCAGAGGCCAAACCCUCCCGCGGGCUGGAUGCUGUCUCUCCCUGCGCGCUCCGAGCGCCGAGUGCGAAUCAACCUCGUGGCCUAAAGGGCAGGGCAUCCAAGUAAGAUUGGACGAGCUCAUCGGGCGGAACCCGGCGUCCUUUGAACCUCCCCAAAGAAAAAGAGCCAGCCCCCACUCUCCCACAUCAAAGCGGAGAUUCGGUGACUCUUAACUUUGUUACAAGCUCUCUGGGGCCGGCUGGGGUUUUGUUUUGCUUAUUUCCAAGAGGGAGAAGAUGAGAAGUAGCGCACUUUGAGCGGCGAGGAAAAAGUGAGGAAGAGAGAAGAGCCCGGGAUUGAAUCCGGGACUCUAAGAGGGAAAAGACAGCCCAAACCACCCGGACCCUCGCUGGUCUCGGCGAGCCACCGCCUCUCGACUGGUGUGUUUGGACAUUUCUGCUGCGCAGUUACGAGAGCAACUCUCAGCGGCUGCAUUCUUGGCCCAGUUGGCAGGUCGCCUCCUGGCGUGCGGAGCAACUCCUCGCUCGCGCCCUCGGCGCUUCUCGCUCUCCUGAGCCCCUCCGGGGGCACCGGCCGGCGCUCCCGCUGCGUGGCUGCGGGCUCCGGCCUGGUCGUGGGAUGUUAGCGGUGGGGGCGAUGGAGGGCACCCGGCAGAGCGCGUUCCUGCUCAGCAGCCCGCCCCUGGCCGCCCUGCACAGCAUGGCAGAAAUGAAGACCCCGCUGUACCCCGCCGCGUACCCCCCGCUGCCCGCCGGGCCCCCCUCCUCCUCGUCCUCCUCGUCCUCCUCGUCGUCACCCUCCCCGCCUUUGGGCUCCCACAACCCAGGCAGCCUGAAGCCCCCGGCCGCGGGGGGGCUCUCGUCCCUGGGCAGCCCCCCGCAGCAGCUCUCGGCCGCCACCCCACAUGGCAUCAACGACAUCCUGAGCCGGCCCUCCAUGCCCGUGGCCUCAGGGGCAGCCCUGCCCUCCGCCUCGCCCUCCGGUUCCUCCUCCUCCUCUUCCUCGUCCACCUCCGCUUCCUCCGCUUCGGCCGCCGCGGCCGCAGCUGCGGCCGCUGCCGCCGCCGCCUCAACCCCAGCGGGGCUGCUGGCCGGCCUGCCCCGUUUCAGCAGCCUGAGCCCGCCGCCGCCGCCGCCCGGGCUCUACUUCAGCCCCAGCGCCGCGGCCGUGGCCGCCGUGGGUCGGUACCCCAAGCCGCUAGCCGAGCUGCCCGGCCGGACGCCUAUCUUCUGGCCAGGAGUGAUGCAGAGCCCACCCUGGAGGGACGCACGCCUGGCCUGCACUCCUCAUCAAGGAUCCAUUUUGUUGGACAAAGAUGGGAAGAGAAAACACACGAGACCCACGUUCUCGGGCCAGCAGAUCUUCGCUCUGGAGAAGACUUUCGAACAAACGAAAUACUUGGCGGGGCCCGAGAGGGCUCGCUUGGCCUAUUCGUUGGGGAUGACGGAGAGUCAGGUCAAGGUUUGGUUCCAGAACCGCCGGACCAAGUGGCGGAAGAAGCACGCAGCCGAGAUGGCCACGGCCAAGAAGAAGCAGGACUCGGAAACCGAGCGGCUGAAAGGGGCCUCGGAAAACGAGGAGGAGGACGACGACUACAACAAGCCCCUGGACCCCAACUCGGACGACGAGAAAAUCACGCAGCUGCUGAAGAAGCACAAGUCCGGCGGCGGCGGCGGCGGCCUCCUGCUGCACGCGUCCGAGAACGAGAGCUCGUCCUGAGCGCCCGCCGCCCGCCCGGCCUCCGGCCCCUCCGCGGCGACCGGGGGACCGCGCGUCCCGUCUUCCCGCUCCUCGGGGCCCGGAGGACACGGC